AUGCUUAAAUUGGCGUUUAUUGCCGUCACUUACCUUACAUAUUUCGUCACAAAUUCCGAAUUUCACGACGAUAAUACCGUUGAGAAAAUUCUGGAAAAUGCCGAAGUCAAAACAAUCGAGCAGAUCAAUCGAGAAAUUGAUAAGGUUGUUGAGAAAUUGGAUACGAAAACUCGAAAAGAGCACAAAGAAUGGAAAUUAAAAGUGGAGAAAGAAGAGAAACAAAGAAAAAUGCGCAUUUUUAAUGUUCUCCCAAAAUUGUCGACAAAAACUCAACAGAAAUUGAUUCGAAUAGUGAUGACCCAACAGAAUCAGCAAUUGACUGUCGGAGAGAAAGAGCGAAUAUUGAAGCACAUUGCGACUUCAAUGGAUGAGAAUGUCAAACGAGAAUUGGCGAGACAUUUAAAUCAAAAAGACUUAUUCUCCAUUUUAUAUUGA